AUGAAGAGAAAACCACCAAUACCUUCAUUUUCAGAAUAUUUUCGAGAACAACGGAAUAAACAGAAUGAAGCACAAAAACCUCAAAAUUUUCAAAAACAUAUUAAAGAAUGUCAAUUAAAACUGCCGGCCAAUGUUGUACAAGAAUCUAAAAAGACAUCGGAGUUGUGUGUUCACGAAAUCAAAGACGAAUGUAUGCCAGAGGAUUUCGAAAAACCUAAAAAACCAUCAUUUAUCGACAAAUUUUGGUGUUUUCUCGCACAGUUCAAAGCCCGUCCAAAUUGUCCACCAGCUUCUGAAUGGCGUCAAAGAAAAGCCAUGCGCGAGGCUGAAGAGGCAGCUGCAAGAGUUGGCAUGAAAUUGGUACCUAUUGGAGAAGAAAUAUGCCCAAAACUCUUACCUGGAGAUGAUGUUUGUGAUCCUAGUUGUCAAGGAAAUGAUUCUGGAAGCGGACAUCAAUCGCCGGUAACGUGUGCUAAAACAGAAAGAGAAGAAAGUUUGGAUUUUGAUAAGCCAUAUCCUUGCAGUGAUGAUUAUGAUACAGUUAGCUAUAAAAGAUCAUCUAAUGAAAACCAAUUAAUUGCUAGAGAUCAAUCUACUAGCAAAAGCAAAUACACUAAAGAUGCACCAACUUCCACAUUGACGAGUGAGGACGUUCCAACUGCUAAGGAGCCAACUGCAACAACCACUGAAGAUCAGUCUUGUAACAAAAAAGAAUCCAUUCGGGCGGUUUCAACUGAUCAACAUCAAUCUCCUUGCAAAAGCAGGCACACGAAAGACGUUUCAACUGAUGAUCAAUCUACUUGCAAAAAGAAAUAUGAGAGAGACGAGGUUCCAACUGCUGACGAUUGUUCUACUACAGAAAAGAAAUAUAAAAGAGACGUUUCAACAACUGAAAAUGAAUCUAGUUAUAAAGGAGCAUCUACUGAAGAUAUUCCAAUCAGGAGACGUGAACCAUGUGAUAAGGGUCAACCUGACAUUAAAGCACAGGUUAAGAAAAAUAUUGCGACUGGCAAGUCUCAACCUUGUAUUACACCACCGGCUACCAAAAAUAUUCGAACUGACAAGAGUCAACCAAGUAUUACACCACCGGCUAAGAAAAGCAUUCCAGUUGUCAAGAGUAAACCUAUUAUUACACCGCCGACUAAGAAAAGCAUUCCAAUUGUCAAGAGUCAACCUAGUGUUACACCACCGGCUAAGAAGAGCGUCCCAAUUGACAAAAGUCGACCAAGUAGUCCACCAGCAGUUAACAAAACCAUUCCAACUGACAAGGGUCAACCUCAACCGCAACCGUGUAAGAAGAGUUUACCACCUAGUACCAAGAAUUUGGCGGAUAAAAACAUUCCAAUUGUCAAAAGUAAACCUUGUGCUCCAAAACCAAAAGCAAGUAGGCCGCGUGCUCCUGCAAGUAAUAUCAAACCAAAGAAAAAAUCUUUUACUAUUAUUAAAAGCCCAAAUUAUAUCAUGAAAAAGAAAAAAACAUUCAAGCAACAAAUGACUUCUAUCAAAAAGGAUUCUAAAAUCUUAAAGAAGAUUACUAAGCAGUUAGUGCCAAAGAAAAAAGAAUCUGUUCCCCAGGUUAAACAAGUACCCAAAAAAGAAGUGAAACAUGGAAAAGUAGAACAGAAAGCGACUAAACCCUCUAAAUCACUGCAAUUAGGUGGAAAUCGCUUAUGCCCCAAACUGGCCCCACAUUGCUUACCAAAUUAUAAUGCAACUCCCAAAAAAUCUCAAGAAAGUCAAAAACCUAAACCUGAAAAGAAAACUGGCAUAUCUUUAAAAACUGCUAAAAGCUAUAAACAGCUUAAGGAUGAUGAUCCUUUAUAUAAUCCGCUGUGCCCCAAGUUGCCAAAAUGUUGCAGGCAAACCUGCGAAGAAAUAAAUAAACCAUUGAAAGAAGAUUACUGUGAAUGUGGAAAAUAUACUAUAACAAAAAACAAUAGUAAUAAUAAGAAAUGA